AACCAAGCGGUGCCCACUCAAACACACUUUCUGGAAGCAAUCUCUCAGCACAAGUAGAUAUUCUUUCAAAUCGUAAUCAAGAUGAGCCAAUCCGGUCUUGUGAGUGGACCUGGACCUGUCACGGGAGGAGGAUCGUUGCAUCCCUCCAAAUGGUCGUCACCGAGGCCUGCCACCGCUGAUGUUCAGAAGCUCUGUGACGAUGUCCGCAGCAUGGUCGAAUCGGCUUACAAUGGCAACAAGCCGUUCCAUGACUUUACCGCCACGUCUUACAUCAGUCAAGAGAUUGAUAACGGUCGCAUCGUACGCGCCAAGGUCUGCAUAAAUCCACUUGCCCAAAUUCGCCUUCAAGUGCAACGAACUCAAAAGGAAGGCCUUCCUUACAGCGAAGUAGCCUUGGCAUUCUGCGAUGGCAGCUUGCAAGACGGACCUCAAUAAAUAGUGUACUCGAUGUGAACGCUCACUUCUCUCUGGCAACAUUAUUUUUUCAUUUCUCCCCAGGAUAAUGCGUUUGGUAUACACACCAACAUUAUUUGGUCAUUCCCCUCCGGGAUAAUGCUUUUGGUAUACACACCAUAUGUUAUUUGACAUUAUACAGUGCAAGUGCCUUCCAUUGCUUUGACUUUGCACCACUGUUCAAUUUCCGGAUAUAUAUACGUUUGUAGUUGUUCAGCAGUAGCUGCUCAACAACAUUCGUAAUGUGGCUUUUGCGUUUCACGUUUCAUAUACCGUUAGUCUUUGAAUUGUUGUGGCAAUAUAAUUAUGUGGGCGAACAUGCUAAUCUAAGUUUCCGUGU